UUGCAAAAUUAAAAAAAUAUCAAAAACAUAAUUAGGAAUUUUACUUUAAUUUUAGAAUAAGUCAUUAUGCCAACAACUCUGACGUUCAGACUGCCGCCAUGCUGUCGUGCGUAUUCGGUAAAGGUCAAGAGGAGAAGUAUCGAAGGAAAUCGUUUUUGAAAUACUUUCCAAUGACACAACUUGCAUCUGGAAAAAAAUGGCUUAAGGCUGGUGGAUCUCCAUAUCAUACAAUUCCUCCUGCUGACGUCGUCGCCGACGGCUGGGUAUUUCCAUUACUUAGGGUGGCCAGAUCCAACUCCUUGGACAACUUAAAAAUUGAAGCUUUGCCAAAUUUGCCAUUCGAAAAACCGCCCAUUAGCUCCUUUUACGAAUACUAUAAGCUCGCGUAUGCGGAAAUGUUACACCGCUGGGGUCUGCUAUACAAUCGAGCGGAAAUUUUAAAGUAUUUGUGCACGCCGACUGAAAACCACAAGGGAGUCGAAUUUCUCACAGAUUGUCAAAAGUGUAAGGAGCCAUCUCGCACGACCAGCUGCAUAACGUGCAAACGCGUUUCUUUGGAAUGCAUUAUUUGUCAUACCUCUGUGAGAGGGUCGGCGAAUUGUUGUCUUGUGUGCGGGCACGGUGGUCAUACUAAACACAUGAGGCAGUGGUUUGAGAAAUAUUCAAUUUGCGCUACGGGCUGUGGAUGUAGGUGUCUUACUGAGGCUUUAGGGAUGUUUAACUUUUAGGAGAGCAGGAAAUAUGGGCAUGAAUUUACUUAUUGUUUUGUAUUUCAAUUCAAUUUUGAAUGUUCAAAUGAUUAUCAGUAUCAGUUUACAUCCAACAAAAAAUUUACUAAGUAUUCCACCCUGUUAAUCAAUACUUAAAGAGUGUGACGAGAGUGUAUUGUAUAAUGUAGAAUAGAAACUUUGUUACAAAA